AUGGGGAAGCUGCGCCGGCGGUACAACAUCAAGGGGCGCCAGCAGGCGGGCCCCGGCCCCUCGAAGGAGCCCCCGGAGCCGCCCCCGCGGAUGAUUUUAGGGGACAAGGGGACGUUGAAGGGUGUCGACGGGAGCAACGCCCUGGUUCUCUUGGGGAGGAAGAAGAAGACCAAAGCCCCUCCCCCAUCGAGGAAGGAGAAGAAGCCGCUGACUAAGAAAGAGAAGAAAAUGCUGCAGAAAAUCUUGGAACAGAAGGAAAAGAAGAGCCAGAGAGCAGAGAUGCUCAGGAAAUUGAGUGAAGUCCAGGUUUCCGAAGCAGAGAUGAAGCUCUUUUUCACCACGUCUAAGCUGGGCCUGGGAGAACGCAUGUACCGCAGCAAAGAGUGAGUCCCUCGGGAGCCCAACGAGGCAGCCCCCCAGGGUGCGGAAAAGAUCAGCAGCCUCAGCGGGGCCCACCGGAAGCGCCGCCGCCGGCAGUUGGAAGAGGAGGAGUCCGAAUCCUCUGAGGCGUCUGAGGGCGACGAGGUCCUGGCCGCUGGGCAGGUAGAGGCUGGUGCAGGGACGGCCACGGUGCAUCUACCGCCUGCCCCGCCAGAGGCCCAGGGCGAGAGCCCAGUGUCCGGCUGUCAGCCCGCUCCGGCCAGGACCCCUACCCCUGUUCCUGCUCCUCCAGCAGCCAAGCCCUUGGUGAAGCCCGCUGUCUUCGUCCCUGUGAGCCGCUCCCCCGAGAUGCAGGAAGCCCGGCUGAAGCUUCCAAUUCUCGCGGAGGAGCAAGUGAUCAUGGAGGCCGUGGCCGAGAACCCCAUCGUCAUCGUGUGUGGCGAGACCGGCAGUGGCAAGACCACGCAGGUGCCCCAGUUUCUCUACGAAGCUGGCUACAGUAGUGAUGACAGCAUCAUUGGGGUCACAGAGCCACGCCGAGUGGCUGCCAUGACCAUGUCCCAGCGAGUAGCCAAGGAGAUGAACUUGUCACAGCGCGUCGUCUCCUACCAGAUCCGGUACGAAGGCAAUGUGACUGAAGAGACCAGGAUCAAGUUCAUGACGGAUGGCGUGCUGCUAAAAGAAAUCCAGAAGGACUUCUUGCUGCGGAAGUACAAGGUGGUGGUCAUCGACGAGGCUCACGAGAGGAGCGUGUACACCGACAUCCUCAUCGGCCUCCUGUCCCGCAUCGUGGCCCUCCGUGCCAAGAAACACCUGCCGCUGAAGCUGCUCAUCAUGUCGGCCACACUGCGGGUGGAAGACUUCACCCAGAACCAGCGGCUCUUCACCAGGCCGCCCCCAGUCAUCAAGGUUGAAUCCAGACAGUUCCCAGUGACGGUGCAUUUUAACAAGCGGACACCGCUGGAAGACUACACCGGCGAAUGCUUCCGGAAAGUCUGCAAGAUCCACCGGAUGCUGCCUGCAGGUGGCAUCCUGGUGUUCCUAACAGGACAAGCAGAGGUGCACGCGCUGUGCCGCAGGCUUCAGAGGGCCUUUCCCCGCACCAGACGCAGGCCGCGAGAAAAGGAAGAUCAGCAAGAUUCGGUGGGAGAAAUGCGGAAGUUUAAGAAGUCACGGACGAGGGCAAAGAAGGCACUGUCUGCGAUGUUGCCCCAGAUCAGCCUGGAUAGCUACUCGGUGUUGCCAGCGGGCGAAGGUGACGAGGACAGGGAGGCGGAGAUGGACGACGAGGAGGAGGCCCUGGGCUCCGACCUGGAUCUCGACUUGGGGGACGAGGUGGCAGGUGAAGGUGAGCAGCCGGACCCCUCCCUCCCGCUCCACGUGCUCCCCCUCUACUCGCUGCUGGCCCCCGAGAAACAAGCACAGGUCUUCAAACCUCCCCCGGAGGGGACGCGGCUGUGUGUUGUGGCCACCAAUGUGGCUGAGACGUCCCUCACCAUCCCCGGCAUCAAGUACGUGGUGGACUGUGGGAAGGUCAAGAAGCGUUACUACGACCGUGUCACCAGCGUGUCCUCCUUCCGUGUCACCUGGAUCUCCCAGGCGUCAGCCGAUCAGCGAGCAGGCCGGGCCGGCCGCACAGAGCCUGGCCACUGCUACAGGUUGUACUCAUCUGCAGUCUUUGGUGACUUUGAGCAGUUCCCGCCUCCUGAAAUCACCCGCAGGCCCGUGGAAGACUUGAUUCUUCAGAUGAAAGCUCUCAACAUCGAGAAGGUCAUCAACUUCCCCUUCCCAACCCCUCCCUCUGUGGAGGCCCUCAUUGCUGCGGAGGAGCUGUUGAUCUCGCUGGGGGCCCUUCAGGCGCCCCAGAAAGCAGCGAGGAUGAAGCAGCUGCAGCGGUCUCGGGUGAGCUGCCCCAUCACCCCCCUGGGCAGGACCAUGGCCACGUUUCCGGUGGCGCCCCGCUAUGCCAAGAUGCUGGCCCUGAGCAGACAGCACGGCUGCCUGCCCUACACCAUCACCAUCGUGGCCGCCAUGACGGUGCGCGAGCUGUUUGAGGAGCUGGACAGGCCAGCUGCCAGCGACCAGGAGCUUGCCACGCUGAAGAGCAGGCGGGCCCGUGUGGCCCAGAUGAGGAGGACCUGGGCCGGGCAGGGGGCCUCCCUGCUGCUCGGGGACCUCAUGGUGCUCCUGGGUGCUGUAGGGGCCUGGGAGUUUGCUGGUGGCUCGCCACAGUUCUGCGAAGCCAGCGGGCUGCGGUAUAAGGCCAUGACAGAGAUCCGACGCCUGCGGGGCCAGCUGACCACCGCAGUUAAUGCCGUGUGCCCCGAGGCGGAGCUCUUUGUGGACCCCAAGAUGCAGCCGCCCUCCGAGAGCCAGGUGACCUACCUGCGGCAGAUUGUGACGGCCGGCCUGGGCGACCACCUGGCCCGCAGGGUCCAGAGCGAGGAGCUGCUGGAUGACAAGUGGAGGAACGCCUACAAGACCCCACUCCUCGAUGACCCCGUCUUCAUCCACCCCAGUUCUGUCCUCUUCAGAGAGCUCCCCGAGUUUGUGGUCUACCAGGAAAUUGUGGAAACCACCAAGAUGUACAUGAAAGGUGUCUCGGCUGUGGAGGUGCAGUGGAUACCCGCACUCCUGCCCCCUUACUGCCAGUUUGGCCCGCCGGCCGAGGAGCCACCCCCCACCUACUGCCCUGAGACGGGGCGUGUGCUGUGUCACCGAGCCAGUGUGUUCUAUCGGGUCGGCUGGCCCCUCCCCGAGGUCCAGAUGGACUUUCCCGAGGGCAUCGACCGCUACAAACACUUGGCCCGGUUUCUGCUGGAAGGGCAGGUCUUCUGCAAGCUGGCCUCGUACCGGGGGUGUCUGCUGUCCAGCCCCACCACGAUGCUGAAGACGUGGGCCAGGCUGCAGCCCAGGACCGAGAGCCUCCUUCGAGCCCUCGUCUUGGAGAAAGCAGACUGCCGCGACGCCUUGCUAGCCGCCUGGAAGAAAAACCCCAAGUACCUGCUGGCCGAGUACUGUGAGUGGCUCCCCCAGGCUGUGCACCCUGACGUGGAGAAAGCCUGGCCCCCCACCUCUGACCGCUGA